GGAAUCCCAACUUGGUAGGCAUCCACAGGUUUUAGGCUGCACAAGUGUGAGAUUAAGCUACUGCAAAAAAAUGGAUAAAAAAAACGAGUCAGUAUUUUUUAUUUUUAUACAUUCUUUCAAGAGGUGUCAAUAAAUGUGGUUGGUACUAUGUGUUUAUUGCUCUGUAGCCACAUAUUAGUAGACUUGAACUGAUUUUACUAUCAAACAAGGAAGCUUUUGUCUCCAGAGAAUUUCAGCUAUAAUUAUAAAUAAACUUAAAACUUAUGUUUAGAAAAUAUUCCAACUCCUGCUCAAAUGUUAGCCAGAAAUCAAUGUACCAGCUAAUAAUACCAAGAUGUUUGUAAAGAUGUAAUUAACAUUUACUGGGGUUUUCCCAAGGCCUUAUGUCUCAAAUUCUAUCAUCUUAAUUUAGGACCUCAAAAUGUAUACAUCCAAUUUUUUAUUAAUAGGUCUUAAUUUUGGGUAAGUUAAAUGUGAACAGUUGUUCAUUAGUUCAAUUUUUUUUUUCUCUCCAAGAAAUCUGCUGGUGGCAUUUGUUUACACCACGAUUUGUGUUUUUUGCUGAGAAAACUCAGCCACUGUAACAAAAAUACAAAUUCCUUGUUUUUGAGCAAUAGUGAGAACUAUUGAUUUUCUCACAAACCUACAAUAUAAAUCUGUUCAGGGGGCUACAUGUAUUUACUACAAGCUCGUUUGUUGCAGGGGGUGUAUAUUUCAUGCGGAAAAACACAUUUAAAUGGAUGGUUACAUUUCACUUGCUUAAAUUAAUCCAAAAAAGGUUAAAAAAAAUAAAAAUAAAACAAAUGGACUUCUCCAUUUGAGAAAGCUUCCUGGAUGGGAAGCAAAACGUCUUCAGAUUCAGAAUAGAAAUUCAGUCGUUUUGUUUUUUUAACCUUUUUUUGGAUUGCUCAUGACCUGGAUGACUGAGAAUCUUCACCAACAACUUGCUUAAGCUCUCAAGUAAGUUAAAUAUCCUUAUUCUAUAGCACGUGGUCAUAAAGUAAAACAGGUUUUAAAUUUUAAUUUAGUGAAGGCCAGGUUUGCUUGUGAUAGUUUAAAAGAACAAAGGGGUAGGAUAAUGUUGUAGUUCUGUUAGUAUUUAGCAGUGUUUAAACCAUGGCUGUAGUUUUUCCAGCAAUAAUAAAAACUCACAUUUCACAAUGUCAUAAAAAAAUAACCUUGAAUAUUUUUGGUAAUUUCUCACGACUUAAAAAAAUAUUUUCAACUGGCAUCAAUCUGACCUAUAGAUGGGGCGUUUUUACACAGUAACACGGCACAUCGUGACAGUGCAAAGGAGCCAAAAGAUAAUCAAGCAUAUUAUCCAAUGCACGUUGCAUCACACUGAGGGGAGAACGCGUUUCAGUGGCAGAUCGGGGCUUCUUAUUGAGCGUUUACGGUGGCGUGAAAUGCAGCGGGACUGGAAACUGCAACCUACAACCAUCCAUCCCCUCUGUCUGGUGACAGGAAAGGUUGCGCAUGCGCACCUCCCAAACUAUUCGGGGUCGUUGGGUUUUUCAAGGAGGGACGCGCCUCUGCUCGGCUCUCCUCUGUAGUUACACAUAAUAACCUGACGUUAGCGUCGAGGAAACGAGGCUACCGGAGGAGAACUAAGCGCAUCCAGGACUUGGAGUGUCGUGGGGGCGAAAAAGGAGCCGCAAUGUUGAACCCGGCCAGUGGUGACCCCAGCCAUGUGGUGGUGAAUUAUGUUGAGGAGUACCUGGACCUAGUGGAGUCGCUACCCUUCGACUUGCAGAGGAGCGUGUCCCUUAUGAGGGAAAUCGAUGCAAAGUAUCAAGACGCACUCAAGGAGCUCGACGACGCAUACGAGCGGUAUCGCAGGGAACUAGACUUGCUUCAGAGGCGCAAGCUUCAGCUCUCCAUCCAGAGGGCGCUGAUCCGCAGUCAGGAGCUUGGAGACGAAAAGAUCCAGAUUGCCGGCCAAAUGGUGGAGCUGGUGGAGAACCGAACCCGACAGAUAGACUGGCACUCUGAGCUUCUCCUCUCCUCUCAAGAAGUCCAAGAAAGCCACGUUACUACGGCGACGCCCCUGAGCCCCGCGUCCGUCUCCCUGAUGUCGUCCCUUUCGGCGACGGUCACUCCGGGCAAAUCCGGCCACCACGACAAGAAACGAGACGAGGUCACCCCGGGUUCCCUGGGCGGCGACAAAGCCGGCGGGAAGCGCUCGAGGCGUCAGAAGAACGGAGAGAACCGGGAAAGCUACGGCGGUCUGGACCAUUCCGAGGAAGCGGGCGCUUCUCGGGAGAAGAGGGCCAAAAUGUCUUCUAAGAAGAAGAAGCGAUCCAAAGGGAAGUCUGAGAGGGAAGUGUCGCCGCCCGACCUGCCCAUAGAUCCAGACGAGCCGACGUACUGCCUGUGUGAGCAGGUUUCCUACGGAGAGAUGAUCGGCUGCGACAACGACGAAUGUCCAAUCGAGUGGUUUCACUUCUCCUGCGUCGGGCUCCAUCACAAGCCCAAAGGCAAGUGGUACUGCCCCAAGUGCCGGGGGGAGAAUGAAAAGACCAUGGACAAGGCCCUGGAGAGGGCCAAGAAGGAGAGGGCUUAUAACAGAUAGCUCGCUCCGCCUGGCCCAAUGAACAGUGAAUAAAAACAGCAAUGUUCUGCCUUUGUUCUCAUUUAACACUGUUAUGACGUAUUGUACUGGUGAGAAAGAUGGAUCGUUUUAAAAAAAAAAUAAGCUUGUUUUUAAAUGCACCAUACACCUCCACCUGGCUUCUAGUAUUUGUCCGAACAUUAACAGGAAGUAAAGAGCGGGUCCAUGUGCAUGUUUUAAAAGAUCUGCUCUGCACUGGCGGCUCCUUUUGUCUGCAUCACACACGCAGCCUUAUAGCUGCUCAUCUACCCUAAUAAAACAUUUCUAAACUGA